CGGGUUGGAACUUGGCCUUAUUUGCACUGAGGAUGCGAAAGGCAUAAUGUGUAUUAGGCGGGAAAACUUGAAUUUUCUUCAAAACGAAGGCGAUGGAGAAUUUCAAGAUGGCGCCUUAUGCGCAUCCUCUGUGCGCAUAUUUGACAUUCGACUUUGACAUUUUGCUUUAAUAGGCAAAAGGCAAAAGCUGCUGCAAAAAAGGAACAAAAACAAAUCCUUAUCACGCUUCAAUUGAGUUUUGAAUUAAAUAACCUUAUAAAAUGAAUGAAUGGAGAGUGUCUGAGCAUGAUUUCCUCCAGGAAAUCACGUGUGUCAAGUUUCCCGGCGUCGUGAAAGACUCUGGAGUCGCGAAAGCGAUUCAGGCCCUUGGAGGAACCGCAUCAUUGUCACAGGCGAUUUCCAAGAGCCACAAAUUGGAGCUGAAUUUCAAUGCUGACAGCGUCUUCCACAAAUCAGUUUUUGGAGAAAGAGAAAGGGUUCCUGCAGUCCUUCUUAGGGUGAAGAGAAAAACGUAUGAGGCUAAAGUUGUGGGAAUCGUCAACACGUGCUAUAACUUCAAAAGUAUGUGCGACUUCCAGUUCUUGCCGAACGCCAACCCAGACACCUCGGUGUUCCCUUUGAGUACGGUACCUGACCCUGACUCCCUUCUAAGGAGCGAUGCGACUGUUCCACCCCUCUACUUCCCUUCCUGCCACCUUUCAAAAAUGGACACUCCGUCGCCGUACUGCUACUCGAACCGCUCAAACUCAUACGGCAACCGACCCUCCAGAAGGAACCACACACAGCGGGUGCCUUUCACCCUGAACGCCCCGUUGCCCUCCACCGCCCUUCCUGGCGCCAUGAAAGUUGCCCAGAGUAGAAAAUUGGAUCAUAUUGUGACCAUCGUCAAAGACUUGUUUGACAAAAGGCCCAUUUGGACACGGGCUGCCCUGCUCAAUGCCCUGGGUCUUGACAAGACAACCUUCAGUGCAGUCAUACCGUGCAUUGCGUUUUUCUUCUUGGGAGGGCCGUGGAGGCUGACUUGGUGCAGACACGGUUACGACCCGAGGACUGACCCUGCUGCCAGGUAUUGGCAGAUUAUCGAGUUCAGGGCGCAGUCCAUCGACCUUCGAAAGCACCUGAAACUGAGGACAGGGGAAAAAGAAAACCCAGUUUUCACCGAAGGGCAAAUUCCGUCGCAGCUCAAUUCCCUUUUCCAGUUGGUGGACGUUCAUGUGAAGGAGGUUCAAAACCUGCUUUUGUCUGUGCCCUUCAAAAUUUGCCAAGAGAAGCACGGGUGGGUUACGGCAGGAACAAUUGACAAGAUCAGGAAAAUCAUUGACGAAAAGGCCACUGACGCAGUUGUCAUGAAAUAUGGUCGCACCGUGCCUGUGCAAGCAUGUGAAGAGCAAGACGAGGAUAGUGACGACUCGCUUGUAGUCCUGAGCAACCAGAGUGCGGCCGAGUCUGCAGAUUCAACAGAUCUAGAUUCGGAUGAUGAAACUUGAAUUAAAAAUCUUUUUUGUCUUA